AUGAACCAACCUACAAAGCAGAGGAUCGCUUCAGUGUUUAUUGUAAUGCUUAAAGGCGAGAGUCUAAGAUCACUCGUUAUCGAAAUCUUGUCUAUGCGUGAGAAGGAUUCUUCUGCAUUUAGUGCCCACAAGGCUGAAUUGAAUAGUGAUGAUUUAGAGGAAGCAUUAGAAUGGUUGUCGUAUUUCUGUUUUGAAGUAUUGUUGAAACUGGUUUUAAGAAGUAGUGUGAAGGGCUGCGGGCAGCAGGCUGUUUAUAGCAGUUUUGUUUGCAGUUUCAUAGCAGAAUUUGGACUAUUGGAUCAGGGCUAUUUUUGCAGCAGGUUUUUAGCAGGUUAUGUAGAGGUAGCAACAUACAUGAUAUUGGUUUGGCAUAUGGUGCAAGACUUUUGGCACAAGUGA